AUGUUAUUAAAGAGUAUAAUCGCAGCUGCCAGAACAGAAAAUUAUUACUUUCGAAAACUUUAUCCAAGUUAAGUAAUAGAUCAAUCUUAAGAGAAGGUAGUCUAAAAUAUUAUAGUAGAAUGAGACUUUAAGGAAAGAUAAAAUCAUCAAGAUUAGAUCGAUAUAACAUAAGAUGAUCCAAAAAUGAGAUUUCAACUUCUAUUUCCUGUUAAAUCCUGGAAAUGCCGAUGUAUGAAAGUAAAAGGUAUUAGAUUUAAUGCAGUAAAGAAAGAGGUAUAUUUUGAAGGUUGUAUUUGAAAAAAGUUAAAUAAAAUAAUUUAGUUUCAGUAUUAGAAAAUCUAUAUAAAUAUUGUUUCAUAGAGAAGAUCAAAUAGACGAAAGGAUAUUGAGCUUCUCUAUGAUUUUUUGGAAAAGAAUUUGACGUUGAGAAAUACAUCAAGAAAAAGAGAAUUAGAAUAUGAAUAAAUAGAGGAAGUAAGGAAAGAGUUGAAAACUUAGUUUUACCUUUGGAGGGUUAAACAAAGUUUGAAAAUGUAAAUACGAGUAUUUAAACAAAUUUAGAGAGAGAUUAAGGAGGUCAAAUUUAAAUGAGUCAAAUAGUAGAAAAUAACAGAGGAAAUCGAUUAGAAAUUAUGAUCAUAGUAUACUGCCUAGUAUCAGGAAGAUUUAGCAAUAACAAAAAUAAUUGGAGGAGUUACAUAAAAUUAAGUCAAAUGACUGCUGCUACCAGAAAGACACUCAAAUAGUAAUUGAUGGCAAAAGAAAUACUAAAAUAAUAAUUAUAUUUAUAUAUAUUUCAUUUGUCCUUUAUGAGUAAGAAUCGCCAUAGUUCUAUGCACAAGAUUUCAGGUCCUCCUCAGAUUGUUAUGUUCGAUGGAGAAGAAUCCAGAUUCCAGAGAAGGAUUUUUAGAGGUUUCAAGUUCUGUAUUAUUAAGAGCAUUCAACUGAUAAAAUUAAAUUUUGUUGGGAACAGUCUCCAAUUAAUAAAGUGAACGAUUUCAACUUUUAGAAAAUCAAUAAUGUAAACCAAUAGGAUAUGGAUAUUCAUGUCCGUAAUAGUUAUUAGCUCCCAUAAUUACACAAGCGUAAAAAUCUAUUAAAUAACGAAUGCUUCGUUGUAUCUCCAUAAUUAACCGUUGGUUUAUGAAUCACAUAUAUAUUUAGAAUCUGAAUCAAAAUUUGGGAAGUAUGCUAAGCGAUACACUUAGGACUCCGACAUAUUUUCACUAAAAAUUCCUAUUGAUAAAUAGUAUUCCCAGCACUCGUCUGCAUAUGGUCAGUUUUAUUUUUAACCAGAAUAUACACUCACAAAAACUAAGCCUGUGUUUAAAUAUCACACAGCAAAAAGCCAAAUUCUUGGCAACUCUAGGCUACAAUACAUCAAAUUAAGGUAAGAAUUGGUUUGA